AUGGGGAUCCUGGGGGAGCGGGCCCGGGGGGGGGGGAGGAACGGGGGUGGAGCCGCAUGGGAGCGCAGCCGCUAUUGGACGGAUCCCCCGUCACCCCAGGAUCCCCCGUCACCCCAGGAUCCCCUGUCACCCCGGGAUCCCCGGUCACCCCAGGAUCCCCUGUCACCCCAGGAUCCCCCGUCACCCCGGGAUCCCCCGUCACCCCGGGAUCCCCUCGACAGCCUGGCCACAGAGCUGUGUCGCAUCAAUGAGGACCAGAAGGUGGCUCUGGACCUCGACCCCUACGUGAAGAAGCUGCUGAACGCCCGACGCAGGGUCGUGCUGGUCAAUAACAUCCUGCAGAACGCCCAGGAACGGCUGCGGAGGCUGAACCACAGUGUGGCCAAGGAGACAGUGAGGAGGAAAGCCAUGUUGGAGGCAGCUGGUGGCUACCCCCAGGGCCUGCCGGGCAAGUGA